CCGCUAGUUGGGGAAUUCAAUACAUUUGUUCUCCACGAAAAAAAUCACAAAAACUCAUUAAAAAAAACCACAAAAACAAGAUUCCCUUUUUCUUCAUCUUCUUCCUCUUUCUUCUGAUCAAAACUCAAUAAAACCAAAAAAAUAAAUAAAUUAUACUCUAUGCAAUCGGCUCUCAAUCAUGAAAUAUAGUAUUGAGAAGAGAUGACGAAACCUCGUAACAUCGUAUACAACGAUGUAGUCUCCAAACCUCAGCUGUCUUUGCGGCUCUUCUUUUCUAUUUUCUGUGCCCUUCUGCUUUUCUAUUCUAUGUUCGUUUAUGGAUAUGGAGGGAUUUCUCUUGCCUAUGCUGAGACUCUUACCAAUUAUAGUGUUAAUGAUAGAGAGUUCAACAGCUCCACUCAACCGCUUUUAGAAAGCAGAGGGAAGAGCAGCAAAACUGAAGUACUAUUGGAACUCAACAUAUCAGUUAAGAUUAAUGAUUCUUGUAGUCCUACAGAUAACAUUGCAACCCCUGUGCAUUCACUGCAAAAAACAAGUGCAUUGGAGGAUGCAGUUUCUACUAUUUUAGGUUACAACAUGUUAAUAUGCCAAAUGCAGCCAAAAGUAGUGCAUAGCCGUCGUAAUGAAGGUCGGCUACUCAAUGGAAGAACUCAAUUGACCUAUCCGAAUCUGGAAGAAUUUAGAAGCAUUACAAAACAAGAAAAGAUAGGGAGCACAGCAAGUCAGUUAGUAAAUAUCACCCACAGGCUUGAGCCUGAUGGUACGCCCUACAAUUAUGCCUCGUCAUCCAAGGGUGCUAAAGUGGUGGCCCACAAUAAAGAAGCAAAAGGAGCAAACAACGUACUGAACAAGGAUCAUGAUAAGUAUCUCAGAAACCCUUGUUCUGUGGUCGGGAAAUUCUUUGUUAUUGAGCUUGCAGAUGAAACUCUAGUUGAUGCAGUCAAAAUUGCAAAUUUCGAGCAUUAUUCAUCUAGGCUAAAAGAAUUUGAGUUAUCCGGGAGUCUGGUAUAUCCAACUGAGACGUGGAAUCCACUGGGAACUUUUGUUGCAGAAAAUGUCAAGCAUGCUCAGUGUUUUAAGCUACCUGAACCAAAAUGGGUUAGAUACUUGAAGCUAAAUUUACUCACGCAUUAUGGUUCUGAAUUUUAUUGUACUAUCAGUUUUAUCGAGGUCUAUGGUAUUGAUGCCAUAGAGCAGAUGCUUGAGGAUCUUAUCGUCCAUUCCCCUGAGUCUUCUCCUGAUAAAAUGGGAAAUCUUAACAAAACUGCUAUGCUGUCUAUUAUACCAGAUUCAGGUUCUGACUACCAUGAAACAAAGGGUAUCGUCCAAAAUGUGGUAGAGUCUGCAAACCAGGGGCUAGAAAAUUUUGAUGAAGGGCAAGGUACUAAUUUAGAUGCAACAAGGAAAAAACAAACCAUAACCAAUGGCCCUGAGUUUAUAAAAAAGCAUAGGCAGCAAUCAAAUGGCAGAACUCAUGGCGAUGCAGUCCUAAAAAUACUGCUGCAAAAGGUGAGAGCACUUGAAUUGAACUUAUCUGUCCUGGAGCAGUACAUUAAAGAGCUGAGCAAGAGGCAAGGUGACAUUCUGCCUGAGCUAGAUAAUGAAAUUUCUCAAGUUUCAGAUCUCCUAGAGAAAAGCAAAUUAGAGAUCAAGGAUCUUCUGAAAUGGAAAGAGAAUAUGGAGAAAGAAAAUAGUGAUCUUGAAUCUUGGAAAGCUUCUGUAUCAGCUCAAUUGGAUUUAUUGGUCAACGGAAAUCGCAUGCUAAGAUUAGACGUCGAAAAGGUUGUGAAUGACCAAAAGAGUUUGGAAAAGAAAGAGUUGGCUAUGUUCUCAAUCAGCUUAUCGUUUGCAUGUAUUGCAAUUCUCAAGUUAGUUUCACAUAGAUUUCAAACAACAUUCGCGACAAGUCGAGGUUGGCUGUUGAUUCUUGUUAGCAGCAGCUUAAUUGCAUGUGUCACAUUGUUUUAUAGUUAAA